CCGAAAUCACAGGCAUUAGCAAUGAUGUGUGAAGUGAUGCCCACGAUUAAUGAGGACACCCCAAUGAGCCAAAGGGGGUCCCAAAGCAGUGGCUCGGACUCAGACUCCCAUUUUGAGCAGCUGAUGGUGAAUAUGCUAGAUGAGAGGGAUCGUCUUCUGGACGCGCUGCGGGAGACGCAGGAGAGCCUCUCGCUGGCCCAGCAAAGACUUCAGGAUGUUAUCUACGACAGAGAUUCGCUCCAGAGACAGCUCAACUCGGCCCUGCCGCAGGAUCUCGAAUCCCUAACAGGAGGGCUGACUGGUUCUAAGGGGGCUGAUCCACCGGAAUUUGCUGCACUGACAAAAGAGUUGAAUGCCUGCAGGGAACAACUUCUUGAAAAGGAAGAAGAAAUUUCUGAACUUAAAGCUGAAAGAAACAAUACAAGGCUGUUAUUGGAGCACUUGGAGUGCCUUGUGUCAAGACAUGAAAGGUCGCUGAGGAUGACGGUGGUCAAGCGGCAAGCCCAGUCUCCCUCGGGAGUGUCCAGUGAAGUUGAGGUUCUUAAGGCACUGAAAUCCUUGUUUGAGCACCACAAGGCCUUGGAUGAAAAGGUAAGGGAGCGACUGAGGGUUUCUUUAGAAAGAGUCUCUGCACUGGAAGAAGAACUAGCUGCUGCUAAUCAGGAGAUCGUUGCCUUACGUGAACAAAAUGUUCAUAUACAAAGGAAAAUGGCAUCAAGUGAGGGAUCCACAGAGUCUGAAAAUCUGGAAGGGAUGGAACCAGGUCAGAAAGUCCACGAAAAGCGUUUGUCUAAUGGCUCUAUAGAUUCAACGGAUGAGACUAGCCAAAUAGUGGAACUACAGGAGUUGCUUGAGAAGCAGAACUAUGAAAUGGCCCAAAUGAAAGAACGCUUAGCAGCUCUUUCUUCCCGAGUUGGAGAGGUGGAACAGGAAGCAGAGACAGCAAGAAAGGAUCUCAUUAAAACUGAAGAAAUGAACACUAAAUAUCAACGGGAUAUUAGGGAGGCAAUGGCACAAAAGGAAGAUAUGGAAGAAAGAAUCACAACCCUUGAGAAGCGUUACCUCAGUGCUCAGAGAGAAUCUACCUCCAUACAUGACAUGAAUGACAAACUAGAAAAUGAGUUGGCAAAUAAAGAAGCCAUCCUACGGCAGAUGGAAGAGAAAAAUAGACAGUUACAAGAACGCCUGGAGCUGGCUGAGCAAAAGUUACAGCAGACCAUGAGAAAGGCUGAAACCCUACCUGAAGUAGAGGCUGAACUGGCUCAGAGAAUUGCAGCCCUAACCAAGGCUGAAGAGAGACAUGGAAAUAUUGAAGAACGGAUGAGGCAUCUAGAAGGUCAACUGGAAGAAAAGAAUCAGGAACUUCAAAGAGCUAGGCAAAGAGAGAAAAUGAAUGAAGAACAUAACAAAAGAUUAUCUGAUACUGUGGACCGACUUCUGACUGAAUCCAAUGAACGCUUACAGCUACACUUAAAGGAAAGAAUGGCCGCCCUGGAGGAGAAGAAUGUGUUAAUUCAAGAAUCAGAAACUUUUAGAAAGAAUCUUGAAGAAUCAUUACAUGAUAAGGAAAGACUAGCAGAAGAAAUCGAAAAGCUUAGAUCUGAACUUGACCAACUGAAAAUGAGAACUGGCUCUUUAAUUGAGCCCACAAUGUCAAGAACUCAUUUAGACACCUCCACUGAGUUGCGGUAUUCCGUUGGAUCCCUGGUGGACAACCAGUCUGAUUACAGAACAACUAAAGUAAUAAGAAGGCCAAGGAGAGGCCGCAUGGGUGUGCGCAGAGAUGAGCCAAAGGUAAAGUCUCUGGGGGAUCAUGAGUGGAAUAGAACGCAGCAAAUUGCAGUAAUAAGCAGCCACCCUUUUGAAAGUGACACUGAAAUGUCUGAUAUCGAUGAUGACGACAGAGACACAAUUUUUAGCUCAAUGGAUCUUCUCUCUCCAAGUGGUCAUUCUGAUGCCCAGACCCUUGCCAUGAUGCUUCAGGAACAACUGGAUGCAAUUAACAAAGAGAUCAGGCUAAUUCAAGAAGAAAAAGAAUCUACAGAAUUGCGUGCUGAGGAAAUUGAGAAUCGCGUGGCCAGUGUGAGCCUGGAAGGCCUGAACUUAGCAAGAGUCCACCCAGGUACCUCCAUCACGGCCUCUGUGACAGCUUCCUCGCUGGCCAGUUCAUCUCCCCCCAGCGGACACUCAACGCCAAAGCUCACCCCGCGAAGUCCUGCCCGGGAAAUGGAUCGGAUGGGAGUCAUGACACUGCCAAGUGAUCUAAGGAAACACCGGAGAAAGAUUGCAGUGGUGGAAGAAGAUGGUCGGGAGGACAAAGCAACAAUUAAAUGUGAAACUUCUCCUCCCCCGACACCUAGAGCCAUCAGGAUGACUCAUACCCUCCCUUCUUCCCACCACAAUGAGGCCCGGAGUAGCAUUUCUGCCUCUCUUGAGCCAGAGAGCCUUGGGCUUGGAAGUGCCAACAGCAGCCAGGACUCUCUUCACAAAGCCCCCAAGAAGAAAGGAAUCAAGUCUUCCAUAGGGCGUUUGUUUGGUAAAAAAGAAAAAGCUCGACUUGGGCAGCUCCGAGGCUUCAUGGAGACAGAAGCUGCAGCUCAGGAAUCCCUGGGUUUGGGCAAACUUGGAACUCAAGCUGAGAAAGACAGAAGACUGAAGAAAAAGCAUGAACUUCUUGAAGAAGCUCGGAGAAAGGGAUUGCCUUUUGCCCAGUGGGAUGGGCCCACCGUAGUCGCGUGGCUAGAGCUUUGGCUGGGAAUGCCUGCUUGGUAUGUGGCAGCUUGCCGAGCCAACGUGAAGAGCGGUGCCAUCAUGUCUGCUUUAUCUGACACUGAGAUCCAGAGAGAAAUCGGAAUCAGCAAUCCUCUGCAUCGCUUAAAGCUCCGGCUAGCAAUCCAGGAGAUGGUUUCUCUUACAAGCCCUUCGGCUCCUCCGACAUCCCGAACUCCAUCAGGCAACGUUUGGGUGACCCAUGAAGAAAUGGAAAAUCUUGCUGCUCCAGCAAAAACGAAAGAAUCUGAGGAAGGAAGCUGGGCCCAGUGUCCGGUUUUUCUGCAGACUCUGGCUUAUGGAGAUAUGAAUCAUGAAUGGAUUGGAAAUGAAUGGCUUCCCAGUCUGGGAUUACCUCAAUACAGAAGUUACUUUAUGGAAUGCUUAGUAGAUGCAAGAAUGCUAGAUCACCUAACAAAAAAAGAUCUUCGUGUCCAUUUAAAAAUGGUGGAUAGUUUCCAUCGAACAAGUUUACAAUAUGGAAUUAUGUGCUUAAAAAGGUUGAAUUAUGACAGAAAAGAACUAGAAAGAAGACGCGAAGCAAGCCAACAUGAAAUAAAAGAUGUGUUGGUGUGGAGCAAUGAUCGAGUUAUUCGCUGGAUACAAGCUAUUGGUCUUCGAGAAUAUGCAAAUAAUAUUCUUGAGAGUGGUGUGCAUGGUUCACUUAUAGCCCUGGAUGAGAACUUUGACUACAGCAGUUUAGCUUUAUUAUUGCAGAUUCCAACACAGAGUACUCAGGCUCGGCAGAUUCUGGAAAGGGAAUACAAUAACCUCUUGGCUUUGGGAACUGAACGACGACUAGAUGACAGCGAUGACAAGAAUUUCAGACGUGGGUCGACCUGGAGAAGGCAGUUUCCUCCUCGUGAAGUACAUGGAAUCAGCAUGAUGCCUGGGUCCUCAGAAACAUUACCAGCUGGAUUUAGGCUAACCACAACAUCGGGACAGUCAAGGAAGAUGACAACGGAUGAUGCUGUCUUUUCAGUCUACUCUACCUAAAGUGCACUACCAUCUUAGAAGACAAGCCGUGAGACACCUCUGUGAAGAUGGAAUUCGAAGGGACUAACAAGCAGUGCUGUAAGAAAUGCUCAAAAUGUUUUGGGGGGAGUCAGUUAUCAACUUGAUUAGUUUACUAUAAUUGUAAGAAAAAAUGCUUACUUAACUCAUUUGAAUAAUAAGCAUCAUCCACAUCAUAAAUUCUGUACAACAGAUGUUUUAUGAAAAGGAGCCACUUGUUUUUCAUGUUUAAUGUAAUAUACUAGGCAUUAAUGUAUUACUGUGUAUUUCUUUUUAAAUGUGUAAGUCUUCUGUAAAUGGAUAUAAAUAUGAUUUUUUAAAAAAUAAAAUAUAUGGUUCAUGGAGUCUCGAGUGCAAACAUUUGACAAUUCCAAGUACUGUUUGUAUUUUACCAUUCCACUGUUUUUACAGUUUUUGAAUUGUAACAGUCAAUAUGUUUUCUUGAAGUGUGAAACAUGCUUCAGGAUGUUCCUCCUUCAAGUCUGUCAGUACUUAAAGCUGAACACCUGCCUCUGAUCAUGUAAAAAACAAAAAAACAAAAAAACAAAAACAAAGAUUGAUUUAACCUGGAACUGGAGCCAAAAAGACCUCAAAGGCAAUCAGGGAUGUCCUAUAACUUCAGAAAUAGCACUGUGAUGGCUCGAUCUCCUUUUCAAUACAAAAUAAAGCCAAACUGUUUACAAGAGUCAAAAGCAACUACUUAAAUUUAUAUAUAAAAUGCAUUAUCUUGUUACCUGUGGACCAACUUGGGGGGAAAAAUGUCUUUAUUGAGAACCACUUGUUCAUUAAAAUGCCUUGAGCUGCCAAACAGCAGGGGAUAGUGACUAUUGGCCACUGCAGUUGGAGGCUCAUUUCCAUCAGAAAAAAUGAAACCCUAGAAAAGUGUUCCUUUUGUCACUGUAAAAGGGUAUUAGCCACUCUCAUGUCUAAUGUUAUAAGUUUUUAAGCCGAGAUGGCCUUGCUAUGACUUCCCUGAAGUCAGUCUUAUCAGAGGAUAUAAAGGAAAGACAGAACGAUGAACAUAUAUAGUGUAUAAAAGUAUAGAAGAGUAAUCUCUUCCCUGUGGCUAUAUUUGGUGGUGUUAUUGUUGUUAAUUCCUCGUUUAUAUGGGAGAUUUCAAAGUACAACUAUUUAAUAAUACCAUUUAUCUAUCUGCUGAUUUCCCACUGCCUGAUCUUAAGCGCAAGACCUGUCAUUAGUAAACUUUUUGUAUCUUAAUUUGCUGUUUGCACGUACAUAAACAUUUGUUUUGAUGUCUAUUUUUGUUGAACAGAUUCAAUCAAAAGGUAAUGGUACAGAAACCCUCUCCGUUGUCAAUAAAAACAAGUA